AUGUCUCUUUGGGCCCGUAUAAAUCAGCUUCCCAGCCGUAUUCUCGAGGAAGUUCGUUCCAUGUACACGGAUGACUUUCCAAUCGAAGUACGCCAUUACUUGGCGGAUUGGAUCGAAGAACAUCUGCUGAUUCGUCCUGUGCCCAUCGAUCAGCCAGGUGUAUGCGAAGAUUUCGUCACUAAGCUGAUCAACGAGGUGGAAAAAACGGCAUUCGAUCUGCCGGGCAACAUCACAGCGAAAACCAGAUUGAAUGAGGCAGCCUUCAACUUUCGUGUGCUGCGUUCGGUGAAUCCAUCCAAGCUGUUCUUCAAUAUAAUCUGCUGCCUAGAGCGUGAACAAGAAUAUGCCGCCUUGCCGGCCGGAUGUCGCCUGUGCGUCGGAAAUCCUGAGCUCCACAAAGUGUGCGCUGCGAUCAAAGAGCUGGAGGACAUGGCACGCCAAAUCGAGAAUGACAACAGUAACUUCAUGAAAAAACUUGGCUUACUACCAUCGGACAAACAUGCGUUGCAGUAUGUUCAUACGAAUCCGCAGGAGCUCGCUAUUCCGGCAAUACAUGGUUAUUUCAACGUAGUUGAAAUCCAACAUGUAACCAACGAGCAAACGCAAUCCUGUACGCGCAUGGAAUUGGCUCUAGUGGAUGGCUUCCGCAAUAUGAUCAAAUCCACGGGAGAUGUGCAAGCCAAAGUGUUGAAUGAGUACCUCGUUCAAUGGAAAACUAAUAAGCUCUUGCACCCAAAUGCAUGUCCCAACACAGAGUGCGAUCUCCGCGUCAUACAAGGUUGGUGCGAGUCCUUAGCAGAGAUCAUGUUGACCACUAAAAACCAAAUUGAACUUGCCCUUAUGAACGUGGCGAACCGACGCAUGGUGUAUAAUGUAUCAGAAAUGCUGUCCCAAGCGCUGAAUGAUGUAAAAGGCUUACUCAAAACGUUAAUCACUCAAACGUUUAUAAUUGAGAAACAACCACCUCAGGUGAUAGCCACCAGAACCAGUUUUGCCGCUAGUGCCUGCUUACUAGUAGGCAACGUACUCGACAUCAGAACAGUUAAUCCGCUGGUGAAAGUAUCGAUCAUUUCUGGCACGCAACUUCAGCGAGCGCUGCAAAGCGAUCAACCACCAGAGCAAUCAUGUGGUGAACUUGUGAGAAACAUUGAACAAUUCCAGUAUAACGAAGCAACGAAGAAGUUUUCGGUAACAUUCCCAAAACUAUUACUGAAAACAAUCCGACGAAGCAAAUUGUUCAUCAAUGCUGGUGUCUUGGCAGAAAAAUUUUCUUUGGUUUUCCAAUCUACUUUCAACGUUUGCGGAGAUUAUCUAAUUUCAGUUUGGACUAGUUUUGAGCCGAUCGUCGUAAUUGUGCACCGCAAUCAAGAACUCGAAUCAUGGUCCACCAUCAUUUGGGACAACGCCUUCGCUUUUACCAAUCGAUCCUCGUUAGAUACACCUGACACCAUACUCUGGUCCAAACUGGCACCAGUUUUGAACAGGAUGUUCCGUGACUCCACUGGUCGUUCGCUGACCCCGGAAAACUUGCACUACCUCUGCGAGAAAGCAUUCAACACCAGCGUCGCAACUCCGGCACCGAACGAUCUCACUAUCACGAGGAAACAAUUUUGUAAGGACAAAAUUCCAGAUCGUACUUUCACGUUCUGGGAAUGGUUUUAUGCAGCCAUGAAGCUAACGCGCAUACAUUUCAACCGUUCGUGGUACGAUGGUAACAUCAUUGGGUUCAUCUCCAAAGCACAAGCUAAGAACUACCUAGAGAACCAUGAUCCUGGCACAUUCCUGUUGCGAUUUUCCGACAGUGAACUCGGCAGUAUUAGUAUCGCGUGGGUCCACAAGCUCUACGAAGACCGAUCGCAGGUUCUUCACCUUCAACCAUUCAACGCAAAAGAUUUGCAUAUUCGUUCAUUGUCCGAUCGUAUCGAUGACAUCGAUGAUCUCUUCUAUCUGUUUCCGAAUAAUACACCUAAACACGAAGUCUUCCACCGUUCGAUAACCCCGGACCACACUCCAAGGAACAAGGGCUACAUCGCACAAAGGACGCGCAUGGUGCUUGAGCCUGACAACCAAACCAACAACAAUUCGUUGGAAGCUUCCUGCAGCACCACUUCGGCUGGCUUGAGCAAUGUGAACGUCUUUGAGUUAGCCGACUGUGAAGAACUACACAUCGACGAGGGUAUUUUCAACAUCUUUGCGAAUAUAUAG